GGCAUCGUUCGACGACAGAUGGCAGAAUGUCUCUAGUAACCUUUCACAUGUUACGUUGCCAAGGUUUGAGGAAGCUCGUUAUUCCGUUCCGAUUCGUAGCGACCGGCGGAUCGGCUUACUCGAAAGAAUUUACUGCAUCUGUAAGAUUUCUUCAAAAUAUGUACACAACUUCUGAGAGGGGUGCUCUCAACAGCACGGACUACAGGAUAUUUUUCAAAAAUGAUGUGGGUGUACCAAUUUCACCCAUGCAUGACAUUCCACUCUAUGCUGAUGAAAGCAAUAAAAUAAUGAAUAUGAUUGUUGAAAUACCUCGAUGGACAAAUGCUAAAAUGGAGAUCUGUCUGAAAGAAACUUUGAAUCCUAUUAAACAAGAUGUUAAGAAUGGUAAAUUAAGAUUUGUUGCUAAUUGUUUCCCUCAUCAUGGAUACAUAUGGAAUUAUGGAGCUUUGCCACAGACAUGGGAAAAUCCUGAAGUUUUGGAUGAAGCAACAGGCUGUAAAGGUGACAAUGAUCCUAUUGAUGUUCUUGAAAUAGGCUACAGGGUUGCAAAACGAGGUGAAAUAUUACAAGUAAAAGUUCUUGGAACAGUGGCACUCAUUGACGAGGGCGAGACUGAUUGGAAGAUUAUUGUAAUUGAUGUUAAUGAUCCUGUGGCAAAUCAAAUGAAUGAUGUAACCGAUAUCGAGAAAUAUUGUCCAGGUUUAUUAAAAGCCACAAUUGAAUGGUUUAAGAUAUAUAAAAUUCCAGAUGGAAAGCCAGAAAAUCAAUUUGCAUUUAAUGGUGAAGCAAAAUCACGAGAUUUUGCAUUGCAUAUUAUUGAUGAAGUGCAUCAACAUUGGCAAAAUUUAAUAAAACAGGAAGCUUCAACAAAUGGAAUAAUAUGUUCUAAUGUAAGUGUGGAGGACAGCUCUUUUAAGAUUACCACAGAAGCUGCUGAAGAGGUUUUAAGGAAAGCACCUGAGCCGUUAGAACCUCAAUCUGUAGAACCGAUAGUUGAUAAAUGGCAUUAUAUACAUCUUAAAUGAAGAUAAGGUGGAUAUCUUUAUUUACAUGAGUCAACUUUAUAUUGAAGUCAGCAUCUGUUUUGUUCACAUUCAACAUGGCGUUCUUUCCCUAUUUAUCAUUUUCAUGUUUCCGACAGUAUAUUAAUUGACAUAUUGAAAUGUACUUUUAAAUAGUAUUUAAACAAUUUGAUAUAUAUACAUAUCUAUAUAUCUAUAUGUGUAAUUUUAUACAGAGUCAACUUAUUAUUUUUUGUAAGCUUUUUUUAAAUGAUGUAUUAAAUGUGCGAGUAACGUAUUUUUGUAUAAAUCGAUGAUAUAAAAACAUUCAAGUGUUUCAAACAAGCUUUGCAUAUAUAUUUUUAUUUAUGACACUGCAUUUAUAAUACUCGUACAUUUAAAUUACAAAACAAAUAUAAUCUUAUUAUUG